AUGACGCGGUUGUCCGGAAAAGAGAAGUUUUUGUUUCUAACUCUCCUUCUUAUUACGUGUUUUGUUAAUAUUGCCUUUUGUGCUCGGAAACCCACUGUGAGAAAGUCAGAGAGACUGAGCCCUCCUCUGGACAUUCAGCUGGAGACAGUGAACUGCACAGCAUUCAGCGUGAGGUGGAAAAUGCCACGGCGACACGUGAGCACCAUCACAGGCUACAAGGUGUUCUACACGGAGAUGAGGAACAAUCGUCCAGUCAGCACUGCUGUGACUCUGGAGGUUCCUCUGAGCUUGGACAUGCUCACCAUGGGGCAGUUUGAUGGACAGGCCAGUUUUGAUGUGGUCAUUGGUAAUCUGAAGAUUGCGACUCAGUAUCGGGUCAGUGUUGGAGCAUAUGGCUGGGCAGGGGAGGGUCGUCCCAGCAUGCCGCGGGACAUCAGCACAGCGUCUCAUGAGAUGUGUAUGCCUCCGUCACCUCCAACGCAACCUGUUGUUAGACCAGUGUCGGACACGGAGCUGGCGUUGUCAUGGCAACAGGGAGAGAGUGAAGGAAGUUCACCCGUCCUGCACUUCCUGGUGGCAUAUAUCAGGCCUGAGAUGGACACGGAGUGGACCUACAUCAGAGAGGCAGUUGAGUCCAGUUCCAUGGUUCUGAGAGGCCUGAUGCCUGACACAGAGUACCAGUUUGUGGUCCGGGCCGUCAACGUCCACGGCAUCAGCCCCCCCAGCCCAAUCAACAAUCCCGUACGAACACUGAGUGUAGCGGAGGUGGGCAGUGGAGAUUAUGACCAAAGCUACAGCACUGACUUUAAAACAAAGGAGGAAUAUGAUGUGGAUGACUCUGACUACGAUGUCUUCAUUGAAGAGCUGAAGUCUUUUCCAGAUAACCGCAAGUCACAGCUGAGAUCCAGGACUGGCGUUCCCGGGAAUGGAAAUGUUGUUUUCAGAAUGCGCACACCUUCUCCUAGCAAUGUCAGCGCCCCAAUCACGUCCGUUUCCACGGCAACUACACCCACAACCCCCAUAUCCACCACCAUCAGCACCACCACCGCCAAAACCACCACCACCGAAAUGGUCAUGCCCAGUGCCCCCUUCGCCGUGACCUCUGCCCCCUCCCCGCCCAUGACCCCGUGGAAAGGGCCGAUCCCCCGUCUGUACGACCUGACCUGCGAUGACACGGUUUGCCCUCCGGACUCGUUCUGCGUUAACGACUAUGAGAGAGGAGGCUCUCGCUGUCACUGCAGCCUGGGCAGACGAGGAGACUACUGCACACAGGGUGUAACUGUGCAGUUCCCAAAGUUCUAUGGCCACUCCCAUAUGACCUUUGACCCUUUGAAGAACUCCUACCAAAGCUUCCAAAUGACCAUUGAGUUUAAGGCGGACUCUGAGGAUGGCCUGUUGCUGUACUGUGGGGAAAAUGAACAGGCUCGUGGAGACUUUGCCUCCCUGGCCAUCAUACGUGGAAAACUACACUACAGGUUUAACUGUGGGACUGGAGCAGCUCAGAUUGUCAGUGAGAGUCGGGUUGUUCUGGGUCAGUGGCACUCGGUCACUGUGUUCAGAGACGGUAUGAACGGCUGGCUCAGGAUGGACAACGACACGCCUGUGUCUGGACGAUCACAGGGUCAGUACACUAAGAUUACUUUCCGUACACCUCUGUUUGUGGGUGGAGCCCCCAGUGCCUAUUGGUUGGUGCGAGCAGUGGGGACCAAUCGAGGCUUUCAGGGGUGUGUCCAAAGUCUCACCAUCAACUCCAAACCAAUUGACCUAAGACCUUGGCCUGUGGGCCAGGCACUGAGUGGAGCAGACAUUGGUGAGUGCAGUGAUGGAGUGUGUGAGAAAGUGAACUGUGCUAACGGAGGGCUGUGCUUCGCCAACCGAGCCGACGGGUUCAUCUGUCUGUGUCCACUGGGCUUCAGAGGCUCACUGUGUGAAGAGAGCUUCCUGCUCUCUCUGCCUCUCUUCAAUGAGAGCAUGCGCUCGUACGCUAGCGCCCCCUGGCCCCAGUCCUCCCAGAGUUACCUGUCUUUCAUGGAGUUUGAGAUGACCUUCCAGCCAGGCAGGCCUGAUGGCACACUGCUGUACAGCCAUGACGACAGCAGCCAGGACUUCCUGUCCAUCACGUUGAUGGGUGGGUUUGUGGAAUUCCGCUUUGACUGUGGAUCAGGAACAGCUGUGAUCAGGAGUGAGGAGCCUGUUGAGAUGGACAUGUGGCAUGAACUGCGUGUGUCUCGAACAGCAAAGAGUGGAAUCCUGCAGGUGGAUGAACAGAGAGCAGUGGAGGGGAUGGCAGAGGGAGCGUUCACACAGAUAAAAUGCAGCUCUCCGCUUUUUAUCGGAGGCGUUCCUGACUAUGACAGCACCAAGAGCAACGCUGGCGUUCUGAAACCAUUCAGCGGUACCAUCCAAAAGGUGACUCUGAAUGAUCGGAACAUUGUUCUGACCCAGGAGUUUGCGCAGGGUGUGAACAUUGAGAAUGCGCCACACCCGUGUGUGGAGAACCCAUGUGCCAACGGCGGGACGUGCCGACCCAAAUGGGACAGUUACGAGUGUGACUGCGCCCUGGGUUAUGAUGGCAGACACUGUCAGAAGGAAUGUGGAAAUUAUUGCUUAAACACAGUGACAGAAGCUAUUGAGAUCCCCCAGUUCACCGGCCGCAGUUACCUUACUUAUGACAACAGAGAUAUACUCAAACGAGUGUCUGGAGUAAGGACCAGCCUGUUCAUGCGUUUUAAGAGCACAGCUAAAGAUGGUUUGUUAAUCUGGAGAGGUGAUAGUCCAAUGAGGCCCACUAGUGACUUCCUGUCUUUGGGACUGCGUGAUGGAGCGCUGGUCUUCAGUUAUAAUCUGGGCAGUGGAGCUGUUUCUGUGGUUGUUAAUGGAACAUUCAGUGAUGGCAGGUGGCACAGAGUCAAAGCUGUCAGGGAUGGGCAGUUUGGGAAACUUACUGUGGAUGAUUACGGCGCAAAGACCGCCCGAUCUCCCGGCAAAAUGAGACAGCUCAACAUUAACGCAGAUCUUUAUGUCGGUGGGGGAAUGAAGGAGAUUGCUCUCUACACUAACAGACAGUACGUUGGUGGACUGGUGGGCUGUGUGUCCCAUUUCACUCUGUCCACUGAUUACCACAUUUCACUGGUGGAGGACGCAGCCGAUGGGAAAAACAUCAAUACCUGCUCCAACUGA